AUGGCCUACCAAGCGGGUUAUUACCAGACCUCCCUCCCAAUCGCAGUACCUGCAAAGCCUCAAUAUGCUUCAUACUACCCCCAGCAAAACCAACCAUACGCAGUUUCGCCUCCUGAGGCUGCUGAAUCUGUCACUAGCAGCACCGGCAUGACUCCAUCAUAUGGUCAUUCGGGCUACUCUGCAACUUCCGAUAGUUAUGCUGGGAGCGCAAGCCACUCCGAGUACGAUAGCGCUUCUUCUGCCAAUGGCGUAGAUAUGCAAGAAUACAUGCAGGAUCGGUUUGCCGGUGCCUUCGAUCCUCUCCCUCUUGACCGCACUUUGGCCAUGCAAGCGCAGACAUCUGGCUUGCUGAAUGCGAAGCAACGAGAACUUCAAGAUUUGCAGGCUCUAGCCCAGCAGCGUCUCGCGAGAUCCAGAGCCAGAAUGGCCGAAGGAUAUCAGGACGCGAAAGAGGUGAAGAGAGACUUGGAAUGGACACAGAAGCGUGUCUCAAAUCUUAAAACCGUGACGGCACGCAAACACCCCAAGGAAUACAAGCAAGCACGUGCGCGGUAUCCAUCGCCAGAGUACUGA